AUGGCGGAGCGGCGAGUGUCCAGCGGGGAUGCUGCAGGGACACAAAUCAUCCGAAUUUGCCUGCGCUCCUGGAACAGAGACUCCUUGCUGCGGGCCUGGUUUGAUCACUUUGAUGAUGAUCGAAAUGGUUUCCUCGAACAGGAUGAGUUCAACGCAGUGGCCGAUCGCAUUGCCCAUCCCAAUCCGUACCAGCUGUGGCAGCAGCUGGACAGCGACCGGACAGGCUACGUCAGCCUGCGAGACAUCAGCGAGGACGAUGCUCAGCUCUGGUUUGAGUUUCGAACUUUCUGCGGCGCAAACUUCAAGAGCGCGAAGGACAUGAUGGUGCAAAUUCUGGGCAUCAACAGCGAAGAGGAGCGGAAGGAACAGAAGCAGAUUUCUCGGAGCAAGCUCUUCGGACUCAGGAGCUCUUCGAAAGCCCAUAAAUCCAGCACCGGCGCUGUGCGGGCAGGUGAAGAGUGUUCUUUUACCAUCAGCGAGGAAGCGUGGAUAAGCGGCCUUACCCGAUGUGGCUGGCAAAAGCAUCUCCCGGAGUUAUUCUAUGCCUUGAAGGACAUGCGCACAGGGCUCGUGGAUGCCACGUCUCUGCGGUGGGUCGAGCCGGAGGUCCGCAAGUAUAACCAGAAGCAGGAGAUGCGUCGGAGGACAGGAGCAGAGCAGAAGGCCAAGGCCGCGGCGCGCAAGAGCCAGCGAGCGUCGCUCGGCAGAGACACUCCGAAGAAGACUUCUCUCUUCUAA